UGCAGCAAUAAUGCUGAGCAACAAGGAGGGGGCUUUAGCUCCCCUGGACGGCCCGCGACGCCGUGAGAUGUUCCCGCCGAUGAGCAACCUCGCAGACGAUGACGAUGCCGUGGUGGUGGAGGCUAGCAAUGCGCAGUUUUCUCCGCUCAAGUCUGCCGUGAAGGCGGCGGAGGAGCGGGAGGCGGCCGGAGUGGAGAGGUCGCUUGCGGCCGUCUCAAGGCUUAUUCAGCGCGUGACUGAUGCGCUGGAGGGCGGAACGCCUUACCUGGGAACCAACGACCAGGCCGUCUUGUUUGGCGAGCUCUCUUCCCUGAGACGAGAGAAGGCCCUGCUCAGAGAGAAGGACUUACGGUUACAGGAGCGGACGAACCUCUUGCUGACGACGACGAGGACGGCUCGCGGCGAGGACGGCGGCAGCAGCGAUGGUGAACAGCCCUCUGCCACGGAUUCAGAGGCCGAAGACGAUCGAAUUCUCCAGCGCGUGGACUCGUUCAGCAUACUGAUCGUGGUGAGCACGCUCAUCACGGGUUUCAGCAUCCCGACCAUCGAACAGGCCCAGCUUGACGUAACGAGGUCGAUCAUGACCAUGGUCUUCGCUCUCGAGAUGUUCGCCACGAUCUUCUUCUCCAUCAUUAGUUUCUACGCGAAGCAGGCCUUCAACUAUGGCUCGACCAACAACCAUCGCACCGCAAGGUUCAUGUACCACGUUCGAUGGAUCACCUUCAGCUCACAGGCGUGCUACACGAUCGGGAUCCUCCUGUUCGUGGUCGGCAUCCUCCUCGAGGCCACCAUCGGCUACGACACGUACUGGGCGCUCGCGGGGGUGGGGCCGGUCGUUAUCCUGGGCGGAGGGAGGGCGGCGGGAGGCAUCCGAAAUCAGAAUUGA